CCUUGUAGUUCUGAUUUUUCUCCCCUAGCAAAUCUUCGCUGGUGCUAGUCCUGUAAUAAUAGGAAUUCGAUCCCAAUCUCGGGGCAAUUCCCUCAGGAUACACGUACUGCCAAUUGGUCCAACGUUGAGCGCAUUACCCGGGGCGGAAAGGAACCCUCGUUCCUCUCAAUCCCCAUCUUCAUGAUUACUUCAGGCGCGCCCGGCGUCUGCUAUCGGUGCCGGUUGCGCCGCCUUCGUCCGCCUCCUCAGUCUUUCCUGACAGCAUCAAGUCGCGCCUUGGGUGGCCGGCCACCCAUUCUCAGAAGCUUCUCCAACUCGUCGACUGCGCGCUCCUACGGCGGUCCUAAUCCCUUCGACGAAGAUUAUAAUGAGAAACCGAGAAUCGUGAGGUAUGAUGGCAAGAAACAUGUCUCCCGCGAUCGCCUGCUCGAAGAACGUUCCGCGCGCCUCAACUCCAAUAUGCUUGGGAAGCCAGCGUACGCCAUCGUCAUGCGGGACAGAGGUAUUCGUAACAGGAGGCAACCCUCCCCAGUUCCUGACGAUGAUGUCUACGCCCCCGAGCCCACGAGUAUCGGAGACCUGCUCAACAACCGAGGGAGGAGGAUGACCGCCGAAGAGGUCCGUGACAGCAUCAACAGCCUUAGGCCCAUAGGAGAGACCGCUAUGUCUGAGAGUGCAUUUCGAAAGCUACAAGAGUCGCUGGCCAACGGCUUCUUAACUGUACAUCUCCAAGACUAUUUGGCCUAUCACAAGAGAAAUACUCUCCCAUAUCAGCGCCUGUUAGUGGGCGAAGAGAUAGCGGAAACGGGAGAGAAGAAGCCGGCGGGAAAAAAAAUCGAAGCUGAGCAGGAGGAGGAGAGGAAGGAGGGGAGGAAGGAGGAGAGGGAGGAGGAGGAGGAGGAAGAGGAUGUAUGGAACGAAGAUUGGAUGCAUGAUCAGACGGUGCAUGAGGAGAAG